UUGCGGGAUAUUGGACAUGAGCUAAUAAGUUCACGUUUAAUCAACUUGCAAACAGAUGAAAAUCGAAAGCGGACUUCCGAAUAAUUAUUUUAGAAAAUAUCGUAAGGCGCAAAGAACUCGGAAUUAGAACCAUAUUAAAUUCAAAUGAUGCGCUGUAAUGAUUCCGGAUUUUAAAUCUCUUUUUGGCUGCAAUAACUGUUCUAUUCAUUUCAUUUUUAGGGGUACAUUCUACAAUUCAAAUGUCAUCACGUGUUUUAUCCACUUUCAUAUCCACGCGAUCAUUGCCGCCUGGCAAAGGGCGGGAAAGUCUUUUUCUGCAAGGCUCUUUCAAUAUUCGGUAUUUUUUUUUUGUUUUUUUGGAGAAAAGGUCCUUUUCGCAUCGAGGACGGAAGAGUUUUUGAGCAUCACUUGAAGUAUUGUCGGAAAUACGUCUCUACGCCCGAGCGUGGUCCUCCUUACAAAAGAGGGGGAGAAAGGGAGUCUUCGUGACGGGCGGACCCGUCUCUCGAAAACGUUGUUGUCCGGGUGGUAAAAGUACUGACACGACUACACGACGUGUCCUCCUUGUGUAUAUAUAGGGGUGCCUGCCAAGAAGGUAUUGCAGUUCUCCAUGGAACGUCUGUAAGACAACAUCAUAGUGGAUAUCCAACCUUUUAAAGUUUCUUUGGUGGAGACAUUCAACCACUCAAUUGCAAGAAAAAAGAUUAAUUUAACAAGAAAAGCACUCGAUUGCAGCUGAUCGUGUCAGCGUAAAAAGAAGAAAAAUGAUAACAUUCGUACUUCUUACUGCUUUGGUGACGUUGUCCUCCGCCCAAUUUCAACCACAACCCAGCGGUCGGAUUCUAGAAUCACCGAAUCCAGUACUUUGCGCGCAGCGAACUAUCCAUCAACGAUUCAAUGGAAAAGGCUAUUACUUUUCAUGGGCCGAUCCGAGGACAGCUGGACAGGAGGUAGAUUGGCUGUCAGGUAGAAACUUCUGCCGACAACGUUGUAUGGACCUAGUUUCAUUAGAAACCUCCGCCGAGAACGAGUUCAUCAAGAGCCGCAUCGUUCAAAACAAGGUAAAGUACAUCUGGACCUCCGGUCGCCUCUGUGAUUUCAAAGGCUGUGACCGGCCGGAUCUACAGCCCCUUCACAUCAAUGGCUGGUUCUGGACCGCCGAGUUGCAGAAGCUCGCGCCGACCAACGAACGAAGUCAAAACGAUUGGUCUGAGAGUGGCGGCAUUGGCAAACCGCAACCUGAUAAUCGAGAAGCUCUUCAGGGCGGCGCUCCCGAAAAUUGUCUUGCAGUCCUCAAUCAAUUCUACAACGAUGGAGUGAAUUGGCACGACGUGGCAUGUCAUCACAAGAAACCAUGGGUCUGCGAGGAUAACGAGUCCCUUUUAAGAUAUGUUCGCUUUAACAAUCCUAAUAUUCGUAUAUAAUGGAAAAAAACUUGGAGCAAUGAUAGCUUGGUUUGAAUAGGUUUAAGCACACCUAUAAAGUUACAAUGUUCAAAAGCGCAUCUAUGUGACACGCCAGUGAAGCGACUGAAUAGUAUAUAGAACAUAUUAUUUAUUACUAUUGUAUUUAAUACUUCCAUACUCUCAUUUGCCCAAAAAGCAUAAAUUGUUUAAUGGAAACUUUAUGCAUGUUAAUUUCAGAAAAUAUCACUAUUUAUAUACCUAGAUAUAAUCAUAGAUACACAUGAAAAUUUAUAUUUAAU